AUGACCGUGAAGGCAGCCGAGGCGUCUGGUCCUACCUUGACCUACUCGAAGAUGAGGGGGAUGGUGGCCAUCCUCCUCGCUUUCAUGAAGCAGAGAAGAAUGGGGCUAAACGACUUCAUUCAGAAGAUAGCCACCAACUCUUACGCAUGCAAGCACCCUGAAGUUCAGUCUAUCUUGAAAAUCUCCCAGCCUCAAGAGCCUGAACUUAUGAAUGCUAAUCCUUCUCCUCCGCCCAGUCCUUCACAGCAGAUCAAUCUUGGUCCGUCAUCCAACCCACAUGCCAAACCAUCAGACUUUCAUUUCUUAAAAGUGAUUGGAAAAGGCAGUUUUGGGAAGGUUCUCCUUGCACGGCAUAAGGCAGAAGAGCAGUUCUAUGCUGUUAAAGUCCUGCAGAAAAAAGCAAUCCUGAAGAAGAAGGAGCAAGUGCACAUCAUGUUUUUGUCAGAGCGCAAUGUCCUUCUGAAAAAUGUGAAACACCCCUUCCUGGUCGGGCUUCACUUUUCCUUCCAAACUGCAGACAAAUUGUAUUUUGUCCUAGACUACAUCAAUGGUGGAGAGUUGUUCUACCAUCUCCAGAGGGAGCGUUGCUUCCUGGAGCCGAGAGCCCGAUUUUACGCUGCUGAAAUUGCCAGUGCACUGGGCUACCUGCACUCCCUGAACAUUGUUUAUCGCGACUUGAAGCCGGAGAAUAUCCUGCUCGAUUCGCAGGGGCAUAUUGUCUUGACUGACUUUGGACUCUGCAAAGAAAACAUUGAGCACAAUGGCACGACCUCCACCUUCUGCGGCACACCGGAGUAUCUUGCUCCUGAAGUUCUUCAUAAGCAGCCCUAUGACCGGACUGUGGACUGGUGGUGCCUUGGAGCAGUCCUGUAUGAGAUGCUUUAUGGCCUGGUAAGCAAUGAAUCCUUCAUGACAGAUCAAACUAGCUUAUUCGUCCUUCCCCCGCAAGAAACCCCGUGCCCUCUAUUUUUCUCUCUGUAACAGAUGGAGAUUAAGAAUCACAUCUUCUUCUCCCCAAUUAACUGGGAUGAUCUCAUUAAUAAGAAGAUUACACCCCCUUUUAACCCAAAUGUGAGUGGCCCCAGUGACCUGCGACACUUCGAUCCGGAGUUUACCGAUGAGCCAGUCCCCAACUCUAUCGGCCAGUCCCCGGACAGCAUCCUCAUCACCGCCAGCGUCAAAGAAGCCGCUGAGGCUUUUUUGGGCUUCUCCUAUGCUCCGCCCGUGGACUCUUUCUUGUGAACAUUUUUCUUUCGUUCGUUUUUAAAUAAUAAUAACUAUUAUUUUUAUUUUUGUUUGGCCUUCUGGUGGAACUGCCAGUUGACCAGUCAUCUUGAAAGAGAAUUUGCACAUUUCCACCAUGGCAGCUUUGCAGCCUUAAUUUCAACUACACUGUUUGCUGGAAGCUUUUUUGAAGAGCACAUCACUCUCUAAAUGAGCUUUACAGGCUUUUCAUUUCCAUUCGUUCUUCCCCCAAAGUGGUGCUGUCUCCUUGGGAAAGAAAAACAAGAGUGACUGCUGCCAUAGACUCCUACAGCAGAUCGUAGGAGUAAGAACAAGAUGUUUUGAAAUCAUGCUCCGAAAAGCCUUGCCUGAAGAUCUAUGUGAACGUGAUGAGGAUUUUAUGAAAUGUGCCUUUUUCUGAUGAGAUCUUGUGAGCUCCAAAGCUUUCCCUGUUGCAGAGUGUGUUUCUCAGUUCAUUUAUGUGGGUUUACUAUGUGAACAAAUGGUAUGCGUGUGGUCUGCGUACUACAGAUGGACUUAGUUUAAAGCAUCAAUGGGACACUUGCAGGAUACCACAAUGUGGGGCAUUGUUUGUUUCUUCCAUAUUUGGAAGAUAAAUUAAGUGUAAUUUUGAAAUUUCUUUUGUAAAUCUAUACAGUCAACUAGAAAUAUUAAAAUGGGCUCACAAUUACUUGUAUCCAAAUGCUUGAAGAAAGCAUUGCUGCUAUGAAAAAAGAUUUCUAUUUUUAGAAAGGGUUUUUAUGGACCAAAAUGCCCCAGCUGCAGUCGGUCAAAGCUGUUGGUUUCUUUUUUUUUUCUUUUUUAGUUUAAAAGAUGUCAUCUGUAAAAUGGGCAUUAUUUAUGGUUUGGGGGGUUUUUCAUUCCUGAUUGUAUGUACUGUAAAGAAGAUCUGUACAUUGAGUUGUAACUCUAGAUGUAUAUUUAAACUUACAGACUUACUUGUAAUGUAUACCAUCAUUGUAAUGUAAUAUAAUUAACAUGGUUAUAUGUAUCCUAUUUUUUUGUGACCAAACCCAUUGGUUUGCAGUAAAAUCCUGAAAAAUA